GUCCCAGGAGGUCCAGAUUGCAAAAUAUGCUGGGUUUUCCCAGAACUCAAUUUCUUUUCCUGAUUCACAGUUUAUACAAAACAGAGGAGGCAAAGCAACUAGAGGAAGAAAUAUUUUGCCUUUGCAAAGCAAGUGGGAACCUGUCAAAAGUCAAGGGACUGAACCCAAGGCUUCAGGUGGACACCAUGGCUCCAGCAUCCGUCUGCCCAAUAUUGCUACUGCUGUUGGUCUUACUGGGGCCCUUGCCAUCUUCCAGCCAGAGGGAAACCCGUCACCAGAAGUUCCAGAGGCAGCACGUUGAUUUCCCAAAGACCAACCCUGAGUGGGAUGCCCGGCGCUAUUGCAACCUCAUGAUGCAGAGAAGAGGCAUGUCCACCGACACCUGCAAGCCCUCCAACACCUUCAUUCAUGGGAGCCCUGAGGACGUGGAUGCCAUCUGCACCCACGGAGGGACUUACUCCAGUGACAAUUUUUACAACAGCAACGCCCACUUUGAGAUCACUUCCUGUCGCAUCACUGGGGGCUCCCAGAGGCCUCCCUGCAACUACAGAGGCAUACUCAGCUCCCAGCGUGUCCAAGUGGCCUGCCUCAACAGUCUGCCAGUACACUUCAAAAGAGCCCUUUAGGUCGCUGAGCAUUGGAGAGAGCUUCCGUGGUUUUGACCUCAGCAGUCCAAUUGUAGGUGACACGCAGCCAUUGCAUACCCUGAAAAGAUUAAAGAUUCCACCUCAUUCGUACAUUUUUAUAUCUCGGGAUUUGCUAUCGCUCUAGAUCUAACAUUUUCUCCUCUUCUGCCUGCCCCUCUCCUCUUUUCUUUGAUAAGCUUGUAUUUUGAUGAUUUGCACUAACAAUUUGCAUCAAGCAUUAUAAUUACCCCAUCCUAUUCCUUUUAUUUAUCCUAGACUGCCCUAAAAUUUUGACCGCAAGACAUUCUUUAAAGUGGUAUAAGUAACAGCCAUUCCUUACGCCCUGGGGUAACUGUAGCUCUGUGAUGGAAGAGGACUAAGGCCCUUAAAUUCUUUGCACCUUCUUCAAACUACACUUCCCAUCAUUUUUUGGCAGAAACAGUUACAGUUAAAGAGAUAUAAAGCCGAUAUAAACGUGUAGAGUUGGUAUGCUAGACCCUCUUAUAAGUGGCCACCUUUUCCAUGUCAGAACACUGCCCCUAGUGGCAGGAUGUGGUAUGGCCAAUUUCUAGCGGGGACAGAAUUUUUCACUUAAGGACAUUGGGGGAAUGGGAAGAAGGUUUUUCUCAGGGCAGAGGCCCCAUCUGGAUCCCUCUUCUCAUUCUGUUAAACCCUGAUAAAGGGGAAAGUUGUAGAUGAGAUUAAAUCCCAGGGUUUUAUAGCUUUGCUACCACAUCCCCUUGGAUUCAUCUGUGAUUCGAAUUGCAUUGUUUCACUGAAAGUCCCAAAUAAUAAAAUGAGGAGUGUUACUCCACUAAAGAAAUUUCAGAUGACUAAUCAUAUGAGUUUUUAAAUGAUGAAUGCAUGUGCAUAACUCUGCAUCUUAAUUAAAUCAUCAUUAAUUUCAUAUAAGAUGUGUUCAGGUGUUUUAAAAGAGGCAUUCGUACUGUAGGGUUGCUAGCUCCAGGUUGAGAAAUCCCUGGAGAUUUGGGGGUGGAGUCUGGGGAGGUCAGGAUUUGAGUGGGGGAAGGAGUUCAGCAGAGAUGUGAUGCCAUAGAAUCCAUCCUCGGUAAAUCUACCAUUUUCUCCAGGGGAACUAGUCUCUGAAGUCUGGAGGUCAAUUGUAAUUCCAGGAGAACUCCAUCUCUCACCUGGAGAUUGGCAACCUCAUGCAUUUGUGAGAAAGCAAAAUGCUUCUUCUAAUGUGAUGACUGCCUCCUGUAGUUUUUAUAAGUCAUUAAUUAAAAAAUAAUUAACAUCUAUAAAUAUGUUUACACAAUGCAAAUCUGUUGCCCAGUUCACCUGGAAAAACUUAAAUCUAUCAAACUAACUGACUAAUGUACUAAAUAUUCCACCCCUAAACGUAGUCGAUCCUCAUGAUCUGUCUGUCAUUCUGACACCUGAACAGUCUUCCUUUGCAGCUUUAUGUAAUAAAAUCUUAUUAUGUACACCAGAAUGGA